GCCUGCCAAGCAUCUCGUCCAGUCAGCUGCCCGCUGAGCCGCCUUGUUCGCCAUCCCCCCUCCAUUUCCCUUAUUACCCAUGAUGGUCUUGCGCUGUGGCAUGACAACCACCCCAGUAAUCAUUCUCGCACACAUCCUUUCUUCUAAUAUCCUUCCCUCUCGUUGCCGCCUCUUAAGUUCGUCUCUUGUGUUGAGAUGGCCCCUCCAGACCUAAACUCUCUUCCUCCCUCCAGAUCGACGUCUUCCUCACCCAUGCAGCCCCGCUCCAUGCAGACUACUAACAUUCCUCCCAACCGCCAACAAACCCCCUCUCCUCGAAGCUCCUCCAUAUCUCUCGCUGCUGCCGCCGUUACAAAUGCCGCAAACGAAUCGAGAAGAUCUUCUUUGAGCAACAGAGGGUCUCCUCGCUUGGGUCGGAUGCCUAGUGACCGCCGUCGCUCCCAGGUCGCCAUGAACCUCAACCUGAACGACCCUACCAUUCCAAGCCCUGGUGAACUCUCCAGCAGUGAUCCGAGAAUUGGGUUUGGUCACAGCUACGCCUCGGCGAGUCCGCCUACCAUCGGCGGGAGGACUGCCAUCGCCACAGGCGAUCCACACCAUCAGCGUCAACCCAGUCUCGGCGAAAUUCAUAAUGAGCUGGAACAGGAGCAAGAGGCACAAGUGAACCGGAUGCUGCAGAUGAUCCGAGAGCAACAGCUACAACUUGACGCUCUCCGGAACAGCCAAGGUCAGAAUGGUCACCAUUCUCGACAUUCCUCACAGCCCAACUCGGCUCUGCCCGCCAACAGUACCGCAGUGGUCGACGACGAAACGCCUGCCUCAGAACGUUCCAUCACCUUCCCAUCAGUUCACCCCGCAGUCCCCACGGUUCCUCCGCUCACUAGACGUAUCUCUCGCGGACCUUCCAGCGCAAGCCGUUCGCCGGCUCUGAGACCACUGCCUGGCCAGGAGUCAAGCAUGGGCAAUACCACAAGUGGCGAUUGGCCUCCGUCCCCCCUCGAGUCUAUCAGCACAGCACGGAGAAACAGUUUCCGCGACGAGACCGCCUUCUACCAGGCCGAAACCGCCAAUUUGACUCGUGAAAACCAGAUGCUGAGAAUGCGCAUCCGCGAACUGGAGAAGCAGAUUGGUGAACUGACUGCCACCCCAGCAAAUACGCCCGCCACGCCCUCAAAUCUAGUCAGCAGUCCGCCGGUGAACAGUGCACCAGGGACAGCUGGACAAGACGAGGCGUCUGCUGCAGCCGAGGUGGCAAGGGUUACCGUCGAGCCGGACAAGGCUUGAACAUUCGGUGUGGCAAUUUGACGAUGGGAAAUUCAUCGGGCUAUGUACCACGUACGAGGCUGUGCACGAAGGAGUCAAACAUUGAGCAAAAUUCAUUUAUUUCUUUCGCUUGGGAUUUUCACAUGGAGGCAUCCGGAUUAGGGAAAAGCCCGGUGCUAGACACUGCUACGGUGGGAAAAAUGGUCGUGGGAAACGGCCUAGGUUGGCGGACCAGGCGGGAUCAACUACUGUGUGGCACAGUGUGACAGAAAGGGCUGUUUCGGUUCAGCAUGCUCAUUUCAAGGCGUUCGGGGGAAGUGGUGACACUACAGCUCACUUUACCAAAUUCCCAUUCCACAUUGUUAUUACUAGCUUCGUGUGUUGCUGAUCUCGACCUCUUCCUUUACAUUCGAGGCCAGUCGAAGGAGACGGGGGUUUACUCCGCGUAUAUGCGUUGGACCCCGGCCUAGCUAUGGGCUGACAAGACACUCCCUCCCUGCGCGGAGGCCAGGGCCAGGCAGGCUCCUGAGGAAAUGGGUUCCAAUGUGUCUUCCUCAAAUACAUACCUGGGUUCUAGGUAUCUCCUGAUGGAACAAAUGAGCAAGAUCCUUUCUUCGAAC